AUGGAAAUGGUUGCGACAGACAAAAAGUUAAACUUGAACAAGCCGUUAGUGAGCGUUGUGGCCAUCAAGGACGGCGUCGAAAAGAAAAUGAAAUUCCGAGAAGGAAAGUGGACAGUGUCAUGGGAAACGCUAUUGCCCGCCAAGUGCGAAAGGUGCGAUGACUGGCCGAUACGGACGUGCCAAGGGGUGCUGUUUGAUGUCGUGAUCGAUUUCAACCACCAUUCGCAACAAUCAACGAAAUCCAGAUCGACGCAGCAUCUUUUGAAUCUUUUCAACAAUCAGGAAAGUGCUGAUGUGACUUUCGAUUUCGGAAAUGGCACUCUAUUGAAGGGUCAUUCGCUAGUUAUCGCUUCCGGGAGCCCCGUACUGGCCGCCAUGUUCAAGCACAACUUGAAAGAGAACGCGGGAAAAAAAGUCGUGGAGAUGGCGGGUAUCGAGUCGGACGUGUUUGCGGUUCUACUUCGCUUCUUGUACACGGGAGAGGUUGACUUGGAGAAUGCGGAUGCGGCGGAGGUGAUGGUGGCAGCGGACAAGUACGCCAUCGAUCCGUUGAAGGAAGAAUGCGCCUCCCGUAUGACGCAGAAUCUAACGGUGGAAAAUGCAACUUCCUAUCUGGUGUUGGCCCAUCUCCACAAUGCAGCGGCGCUCCAAGAAGCCACGUCGGAAUUUAUUGCACGAAACGCUACAUUUAUUUGUUCGAAAGAAGAUUGGAUGAUGGGAGUCAUCAAGAAUUAUCCUGAGCUGGCCUUUUUCUAUCUUUCAGCGCCUGGCAAAUUUUUAAACUAA